UUGAAUUGAAUUUCUUUAUUUUUAGAAUUUCAAACACAUCCCAAAGUAAAAAUUAGGAAAGAAAGGAAUGGAAUGGAAAGAAAAUAAAGGAAAACAAUGAAACGAAAUAAGGAAAGGGAUUCAAGGCGCUGCGAUCUGGUAAAAGUGUAAUCGGAGCCGCUAAAAACCAACGGCCAAGAUCGAGUAAAGGAAAAAGGAAGGGGACAUUUACAGGGAGAUUCUUUUCCGAGUGCAGCGGCGUAUCUAUUCGGUACACGGAAAUAAAAAAAAAAAUUUAUAAACGAGGAGGUUGGCCGUUGCUGUGACAGAGAGGUGUCGAUAGUUUGAGAGAGUAGGUGUUGAAAAGGCAGAUUCCUCCAAGGCCCAUUGGCGGAGGUUUCAACCCAUUAGCCCCCAAAACCAUUUCCUCUUAAAUUCAAUUCACCAACCCAUUUCAAUCAUCUCUCAUUCAUACACCUCUGUCUUCUCUAGAUCUCUCUCUCAAGACUUACAAGAUGGCAGCAACAUCAGCAGCAACCUUUUCAGUUGGCUCAGCUGUCUCCUUGGGCCUGAAAGCGAGCCAACUUCCACAGUCAAAGCAGUUUGUUGUGAGGUUCAACUCCCAGAACUCGCUAACAAGCUUCAGUGGUCUCAAGGCAUCAACCUCUGUGAACUGUGAAUCAGAGUCAUCCUUCAUAGGCAAGGAAAGUGCUGUGGCCCUUCGAGGAUCUUUUGCUUCAAAAGCCCAGAAAUCAAGCCAGAGGUCACAGCAUCACCUAAAUCCCCAGGCCUCUUACAAAGUGGCAAUUCUUGGCGCUGCUGGAGGGAUAGGUCAGCCCCUUGCCCUUCUAAUCAAGAUGUCCCCAUUAGUUUCAGCCCUGCACCUGUAUGAUAUAGCAAAUGUUAAGGGAGUCGCUGCUGACCUCAGCCACUGUAACACUCCCUCUAAAGUUCUGGAUUUUACUGGCGCUUCUGAGUUGGCUGAUUCUUUGAAAGCCGUAAAUGUUGUCGUCAUACCUGCUGGAGUUCCUAGAAAGCCCGGAAUGACUCGCGAUGACCUCUUCAACAUCAACGCCAACAUUGUAAAGACCUUGGUUGAGGCUGUUGCUGAUAAUUGCCCUGAUGCUUUCAUCCACAUUAUUAGCAAUCCAGUCAACUCUACAGUGCCAAUUGCUGCUGAAGUUCUGAAGCAGAAGGGUGUCUAUAAUCCAAAGAAGCUCUUUGGUGUUACUACUCUUGAUGUUGUAAGAGCAAACACAUUUGUUGCUCAAAAGAAGAACCUCAAGCUUAUUGAUGUGGAUGUCCCAGUUGUGGGAGGACAUGCGGGGAUUACCAUUCUUCCCCUUCUGUCCAAGACAAAACCCUCAAUCAGUUUCAGUGAUGAGGAAGUGCAGGAGCUAACUGCGAGGAUCCAGAAUGCUGGGACAGAAGUUGUGGAAGCAAAAGCUGGUGCUGGGUCUGCUACCUUGUCAAUGGCAUAUGGUGCAGCCAGAUUUGUUGAGUCUUCUCUUCGUGCACUUGAUGGAGAUGGUGAUGUCUACGAGUGCACAUUUGUGCAGUCGGAUCUUACUGAGCUUCCAUUCUUUGCAUCAAGGGUAAAAAUUGGAAAGAAUGGGGUUGAAGCUAUCAUUUCAUCUGAUCUCCAAGGGUUGAGCGAGUAUGAGAAGAAGGCACUGGAGGCUCUCAAGCCCGAACUUAAGGCCAGCAUUGAGAAGGGUAUUGCAUUUGCUCAGAAGCAACCAGUGGCUGCAUAGAUCGACUUCGUAUUCAUAGCAAUAACUAAAGUGAAAUGGGGAUCUUAACAAGGUUUAGCUAGUGGAUAAUUUUUGUCGUGAUUCAUCGUUGCAUUAGCACUUCAGUUUUGUAGAAUUUUCUUUAAUCCCUUAAGUCGGGAAGACUUUUUAUGAGGAGCUAUCUGGAGCAGUUAUGUUAGUGUUGUAGAUUCGAAAAUUGCAAUCAAUAUCAUCGAGAGCUUGUAAUAUUUGUUUUCCUAAA